CUCCUGAGAGAUAGCAAAGGUUAGUUAGUGUGAGGCUCUGCCUGGCGUGGAGGCAGGCUCGCCGCCUGCCUUCCUGGUGGUGCCCAAAGGGGCCUCAGCCUGGCCCCUAAACAUGGAAGCCUCUGAGGAGCCCAAGCAGUGCCCUGCCCGAGGAUCAUGCCCAGUGUUCUUGGCCCUGAGCUCAGGCGUUGUCCGCUAUGCCCCAUCAGGCUUGAGUCCUGUACCUGAGAGGAACUUGAGAGAGGAGCCCUGGGAUGCAAACAGCCCACCCCAGCCAGACGAGGGCCUCCCUACCGGCCCCUCAGCGGUCUCAGUCCCCUGGAAAAACCUUGGCCCCAGCAAAGGUCAUAGGGAGUCCCCAGGGGGCUUGGUGGAAGCCUCUGCUUCCCGGAAGGAGGCCCAAGCUGAAGAACACUCGGCAGCCGCCCCACUGGACGUAUCGCGCCUGCGCAGCUCCUCCAUGGAGAUCCGGGAGAAGGGUUCAGAGUUCCUGAAGGAGGAGCUAUACAAGGCCCAGAAGGAGCUGAAGCUGAAGGACGAGGAGUGUGAACGGCUUUGCAAGGUGCGUGCGCAGCUGGAGCAGGAGCUGGAGGAACUCACAGCCAGCCUGUUCCAGGAAGCUCACAAGAUGGUUCGGGAAGCCAACAUGAAGCAGGCUGCGUCAGAAAAGCAGUUGAAGGAGGCCUGGGGCAAGAUUGACAUGCUACAGGCAGAGGUGACAGCCUUGAAGACACUGGUCAUCACGUCCACACCAGCCUCUCCCAACCGUGAGCUGCACCCACAGCUGCUGAGCCCCACCAAGGCCGGACCCCGAAAGGGCCACUCACGCCAUAAGAGUACCAGCAGUUCCCUCUGCCCAGUUGUGUGUCCCACUGCAGGGCAUAUCCCCACCCCAGACAAAGAAGGCAAGGAGGUGGAUACGACCCUCUUUUCAGAGUUCCAGGCUUGGAGGGCAUCACCUACCCUGGAUAAGGACUGCCCCUUCCUGGAAAGAGUGUACCGGGAGGAUGUGGGCCCCUGCCUCGACUUCACAGUGCAGGAGCUCUCAGCUCUGGUGCGGGCUGCUGUGGAGGACAAUACGCUCACCAUCGAGCCUGUGGCUUCACAGACUCUGCCUGCUGUGAAGGUGCCCACUGUUGAAUGUCACAACACCAACACAUGUGCCCUGAGUGGACUGGCCCGUACCUGCCACCACCGAAUCCGCCUUGGGGACUCUGAGAGUCAUUAUUACAUCUCUCCAUCAUCCCGGGCCAGGAUCACGGCAGUAUGCAACUUCUUCACCUACAUUCGCUACAUCCAGCAAGGCUUGGUUCGGCAGGAUGCUGAGCCGAUGUUCUGGGAGAUCAUGAGGCUUCGGAAGGGGAUGUCACUAGCCAAGCUUGGCUUCUUCCCCCAGGAGGCCUAGGGCGUGACCCCAGGCCUGAAGUAGGCUCUGAGCUAGAGCAAACGGCUGCCUUGGGACAGACAGUCAAGAAAUCCUGGAGCCAGCAUGAGCCAGAAGCUGAAAGAACAGAUAAACAGCCAGGCUGUAGAGACAGAACUAAGCCAGUCCCAUCCAUUCCUCCUGGGACAGACGGAAGGACAGCCUGCCCUGGACUUCAUGAGAUGAUCCUCUUGCCCACUGGGCUCUGUAGCCACCAAGAGAAUUUCAAGAAAGCACCAAAGACCGAGGAGCUCGGAGCCAUAUUGGAGAGAGGCUCAGCUCUAGGGAGGGGACCCUUGAAUAGCCAGUACCCCCUCCAAAAGUCCCUGCUGGUUACCAAUGCUCUGUUGCUGCCUUGUCUUCAGAAAGGGACUGGCUGGAUCUCCAGAGUAUGCUCCGCCACGGCCUCUAAGCUCUGGGUCACCAGCACCCCCUUGUGGCCAUCUCUCACCCUGUUCCCAAGUGGCCUCAUUAGACUUCCCCAGUGGUAGGGCAAGUGUCUCCAAUCUGAGCACAGUGGAGGGAUAACUGCCCCAAAGUGCUCUGAAAAUGAGUAAGACCCUGUCUCCAUUCUUCUGAACAGAGGUCUCUCUGACCCUCCAUCUCUACUUCAACCCCAUCUUCAGGAGGCCCUGGCCCUAAAAUUGCCAGGGGCCUGGACUCUUUCUUCUCAAAGUGUGCCACAGGGGAGCCUCAGGAUGUAGUUGUGGGCUGCCAUCCAGACCACAGGGGCCCUGUAUGUGGUACUGGAUGGAGUGGCUACAUAGGACCUGGACCCUGCCUUACCCAUCCAUCAUAGCCCACUGGGAACUAGGCUUGGGGUAUCCAACCUGGACGUAUCCCUCACCACGCCCCUAUUUCCUUCAAGUGGAAUGUAACACAAUCUCUGUUUAAUAAAGGAAGGCUUUGUUGGUA